AGAUGUCCGAUAUCAAUUUGACUGCCUAUAACGCCUUUCGCCGCGAUUUGGCCAGGAUAUUAAAGACAUUCAAUUCGUAUACGCAAACCGAUUUCACCGAGGAAACCGGCACCAACACAGACUUCGAUUGCAAAGACGAUUUGGAAACAAAUCUAUCCGAACUUUACGAUCUCGAACUGAAAUAGUAGGUGGA